GUGUGACUUUGAAGGUUAUGGAAUACACAUAUGACGAUGACCUGGAAGAGCUGUGUCCUGUGUGUGGAGACAAAGUGUCCGGAUACCACUACGGUCUGCUUACCUGUGAGAGCUGCAAGGGCUUCUUCAAGAGGACAGUGCAGAACAACAAGAGGUACACGUGUGCGGAGAACCAGGAGUGUAAAAUAGACAAAACCCAAAGGAAGAGAUGUCCCUUCUGUCGCUUCCAAAAGUGCCUGAGCGUCGGGAUGCGGCUAGAAGCGGUGCGCGCAGACCGCAUGCGUGGGGGGAGGAAUAAAUUUGGCCCCAUGUACAAGAGAGACAGGGCCUUGAAGCAGCAGAAGAAGGCUUUGAUACGAUCCAAUGGGUUCAAGCUGGAGAGCGCAGCUCCUCCGCCGGCCUCUCCUCUGCAGACUGACUACGGCUUCACCGGCACCCUGCACAGCCUGCCCACCAUCUCCAAAAGUCUGCUCCCCUCCACCCCGAGCUCCAUCACCCCUACAGACUACGAGGCCAACCUCUAUGGACCCCCAUCUCUGGGCAUGGCCAUGCAGUCGCAUGUGCCCCUCAGCACUCAGUACCAGUACACAGCCUUCCCCGGCAGGGCGAUUAAAGCCGAGUGUCCCGACUACACCAGCUCCCCCGAGUCUCUGACAGGAUACCCCUACCCAGACAUGUACCCCUCAACCUCACCACAGCCCCCCAGCCUGCCACCACUGGUGCUGGAGCUGCUGCGCUGUGAUCCAGAUGAACUGGUGGUGCAGAAUAAGAUUGUUGCUCAUCUGCAGCAGGAGCAGAGUGGCCGGGGACGCCUGGACAAGCCCAGCACCUUCAGCCUCAUGUGUCGCAUGGCAGACCAGACGCUCUUCUCUAUAGUGGAGUGGGCCCGGAGCUGCAUCUUCUUCAAGGAGCUCAGGGUUGGAGAUCAAAUGAAGCUGCUCCAUAACUGCUGGUCUGAACUUCUGGUCCUGGAUCACAUUUUCAGACAAGUGCAACAUGGACAGGAAGACAGUAUCCUGCUUGUGACCGGCCAGGAGGUCGAGCUGUCGUUCAUCGCAUCCCAAGCUGAGGCGACUCUGUCCAGUCUGGUCCAGAGAGGUCAGGAGCUGGCGGUGAGGCUGCGGGCGCUACAGGUGGACCGCAGAGAGAUCGCCUGUCUGAAAUUCCUCCUGCUGUUCAACCCCAAUGUAAAACUGCUGGAGGACCAGGCAUUCGUGGAGGGUGUCCAGGAACAGGUGAACGGGGCUCUGCUGGAGUACACCCUGUCCACCUACCCUCAGUUCCAGGAGAAGUUCAGCCAGCUGGGGGUGCGGCUGCCAGAGCUGCGCUCCCUCAGCACGCAGGCAGAGGACUACCUGUGCUACAUGCAUCUGAGCGGAGAGGUUCCCUGCAACAACCUGCUCAUAGAGAUGCUGCAUGCCAAGCGAGCGUGUGUGUGAGGGGAUGCUCCACUGUCAUGUGUUGUUUCUCUAGGUGAGACUGUGUGUGUGUGUGUGUGAGGGAAAGUGUGAGUAAGAUGAAAAAAUAAAAUGAAGAUAGACAGGUUGGGAUCUUUGUGAGGGCUUUUGUUUGAGUUAGAAAGAAAACAUUUUCUUUAGAGUUUGGAAUUAUAGAGCUCCAUCUGUAUUCAAGGUAGAUUUUGAAUGUUAAUGUUUUCAUAUCCUGCAGAGCUACAUUAAUGUGACCUUUAUAAACUGGAUUUUUUACCCUGUUUUCAAAAACCUAACGUUAGAUCUGCCUUACAGAGUUACAUUAUAUCUUCUCUGAUCAAAUAUUACGAGUCCAACAUAACAAGAUUUUCUAGAGCUGCCCAGCAAACAUUUAGACAUUAGUCUUGAAAACAUGGUGUCAAAAUGACUGUGGAGAACUACAUAAUUUUGAAACAUCCACACUUAAAUAUGUUACAGAUAUUACUGUAAAACAGUUCACAACGCCACUUUGAUAAGAAUUCUAUUGUGAGAUCUGGUGCUGGGUAGUCUGGCGUUUACAUCACAGGAUGGGACUAUUGCCAGGUGUUAGACCUGUUGAAUGCUUGCUGGGUGAGCUAAAGUGCACUUUUUACGGCAGAUUUUAUAGCCUCUUUUCAGAAGUCAAAUUUUAGUGUAAAAAAUUUGCCAUUGUUUUGACCCAAAUGUCAGAUGCAACUUUAUGAUUCCAAGGCCACCAACACUGUUUAGAUUAUUAUUAUUAUUGUUUAGGUUCUUUUUAGAGAGACUUCAGGAUAACAUGACACACUGUGGUCUCGUUAGACUAGAUUAGCACUGCUCUUAUCUCUGCACUUCUUUUUUUGUCAACAACCGUACAGAAAAAUUUGAAAGCUCUAUGGGGUUCAAUAUAGUUAUGAUUUAAUCUAUUUAGAUGUUAAUAUAUUGAUAUAUCAAAGCCAGAUAUGUUAAGAAAAAUACAUUCUUAUUCAGUAAUUCAUCAAACCCCUACCCAGAAAAACAGAAAAAGAAAGGGAGAGAGACGGAUAAGACGGUAAAGACAGGAGGAGUGAGUGAGAAUGAGAGUAAAACUACACACAGCAGUGCUUUGUGGGUAAAAAAGUAAAAGGAAGCCAGGGCAGAUAGGAGCAUUCACGCAUGAAUGUGCAAAUGAUGAGGGAGAUCUUAGUGACAAAGACAGCAUUUUUCUUUCUUGAAGUUAACUCGUAGAGAAAAAGGAAGCAUCUGGAAGUGUUUGUGCCUCAGAGAUGACACAGGGAGGGGAAAGAUGCAUCUGGCACUAUUUGGUUCCAAGUUUCUUUGUAAAAUUUCAUGUAUCUGUGGGUCAAUGCCUCGAGACACAAUAGACCCCCAAAAAUAAAGAUGUCACAUUCAUACUCACAUUUGUGUCACUUUUCAACACACUGUACUGUAUGUGGACCAGGGGUUGACUGAUCAGAGUGUGUGAAGGCUGAUAAUGGUAUGUUUGUACUGAAGCUGAUAUGAUAGGACCAGUCUAUGAGAGAGACAGUAUUUAACAUGAUGAACACAAUUUUCAUAUCACCAAUUCAUGAAUCCUAUAAAUAAUACAAUAAAUAAAGUGCAUAUUUAAAACAGAAUUUAUCAUUAGACAACCAGUGGAUGAGACUACAGACCUUAUCAGCCUUAUACACAGUAUCAGGAACCUAAAGUAUGGCUCUAAGACACUGCACUGUGUACUUGUAGCAGUCAGUGGCAUUUACUGUGUUGCAAAGUAACACUAUUUUGUCCCAUACUGGGCAGAUUUCUUAGAGGUGACACACCCUUUUUAAAAAGCACAUGACUCGAUGCGAUGAUGACAAUGUAACUGAUAUUCACUGGCGCUGUCACAAGGGGACCGGCUGAAAGACAAAGACACAUACAAACAGUGUUUGUAAUAUUGUGCAGCUCAAUUUUCCCACAUGUUCGUCCAUUGACGUGGCAGCCUCCACCAUUUCAAGUUGUCGUAGACAAUCACUCCACCUGCCUUAACUAAAUGUCUGCCUGAAAACACGCACACACA